AUGUGGCAGAAGGGAGCUGUUUUAUUUAUAGUUUUCAUUUACGUCGCAAAUUCUGCUGGUUAUGUUCCAAAUGGUCUUCUGCAGAGGUUAAAACGUUCCCCACAUAAUUGCGACUAUCCUCUCCCUCCAUCACCAACUUCACCACCGCCACAGCCAACAUUCUGGCGACCAUAUUGGAUUCCACCACCGCCACAUAAAAAAAUAUACUGGGAACAUUUUAUUCAACAACCAGCGCACAACGAAAGGAACUCUGAAGGUCAGACAGCAUUAGAUUCUCACUCUGCGGACUUUUCCACGCAUAAGCAAAACCAGUACGGCGGUUGGGGUAACGACGGACAAGAUGGUUUACCACCUUGCGAGAAAUGCCCACGUUGGAACACCGCUGUAAGCAAUGCUAACAGUGACACAGGAUCGGCGGUCGCUAUUGCUAUUUCCAAAGGCAAUAAUGAAACGUAA